UUUGUUCAUUUUUAGAUCGAUUAGAAGGACUCUUUCUCGCAAGAUGUCUCUGUACGAACCCUAAAAGGAAGAAAUAUAGAUGCAAUUGAUUUGGGGCUUCAUCACUUUCCUCACUCUACCGCUGGUAUUAUCAAGCUUCAAGAGCCGAUUCAACUGACUGUCAUCGUCUUCAGUAGCUAACAGAAAAAGGGUUCCAAAUCGGGUAAAGGAGAUUCAAAUUAUUCAGGAAUUACCAAAGAGGAAUACGGGUCAAUCCAACCACCAAAAUCCUUCUGUUCUCUGUCAACCCUCUCUCUUCAGAUUUUCCUAAAUAUGUCAGGCCAAGGCCAGCGCUUGAAUGUGGUUCCAACUGUUACAAUGCUUGCUGUUGUUAAAGCUCGCCUUGUUGGAGCUACAAGAGGUCAUGCUCUUCUCAAGAAGAAGAGUGAUGCUUUAACUGUGCAGUUCCGUCAAAUUCUUAAGAAGAUUGUCUCAACAAAAGAAUCAAUGGGAGAGAUUAUGAAAGCCUCUUCAUUUGCUCUAACUGAAGCAAAGUACGUUGCUGGUGAAAACAUCAAGCAUGUUGUCCUUGAGAACGUCCAAAAUGCCUCUCUUAAAGUUCGAUCCCGACAAGAGAACAUUGCUGGAGUGAAGCUUCCAAAGUUUGAAUAUUUCACUGAAGGUGAGACAAAGAAUGACCUUACAGGAUUGGCCAGAGGUGGCCAACAGGUGCAGGCCUGUCGUGCUGCUUAUGUCAAAUCUAUCGAAGUUCUUGUUGAGCUUGCUUCCCUACAGACAUCCUUUUUAACACUCGACGAGGCAAUAAAGACAACGAAUCGUAGGGUCAAUGCUUUGGAAAACGUCGUGAAGCCAAGAUUGGAAAAUACAAUAACUUACAUUAAAGGGGAGUUAGAUGAACUUGAAAGGGAAGAUUUCUUCAGGUUAAAGAAGAUUCAAGGGUAUAAGAAGAGGGAAAUAGAGAGACAGCUUGCUGCUGCUAAGCAGUUUGCUGAGGAGCAGUUUGCAGAGAAAGUUUCUUUGCAGAAAGGAGUUUCAAUAAAAACAGCUCACAACUUGUUGUCUGCAGCUAUGGAGAAGGAUGAGGAUAUAAUUUUCUAAUAUGGAUAUUAGUUAAUUUGCUCUUCCUCAUGAUACGAGGCUUUUUGGCUAUGUUGGCUUAUGGAAGGGGGUUUCCCUAUUUUCUAAGACUGGGAUGUUUUUGUUCCCCUUUUUUUCAAUAAAAGCUUAGUCUCCAAAAAGUUUCUAUUUAUUGUGUAAUAAUUCUUUCAUCAUUUUAAAUUUUAUUGUAAGAAAUAUGUUGUUGAUCAUAGUUGUCUUCUUCAGUACAUGUGUGUGUAUUAAUGAUGUGAAUUAUUAUUUUGAGACUCAGCACAAUGAAUCUCUUUUUUUUCUGUUUCA